UUCCCAACAGCCUCUAUUUCAGCGAAUACGGUAAAUACAAAGUGAAACGGAGCCUGUCAGCUGAUUGCUUUCUAAAAAGCAGAAAGAUGGCGGCAGAAAUCCACUCCCGGAUGCAAACGAGCCGCCCGGUCCUGCUGAGCAAAAUCGAAGGGCACCAGGACACGGUGAACGCGGCCGUCCUCAUCCCCAAGGAAGACGGGGUGAUCACAGUGAGCGAGGACAGAACAAUACGUGUGUGGUUGAAGCGAGACAGUGGUCAGUAUUGGCCAAGCAUCUUUCACACUGUUUCAGCACCCUGCUCUGCCAUUUCCUACAAUCCUGACAGCAAACGGAUUUUUAUAGGGCAGGAUAAUGGAGCAAUUGUGGAAUUCCUCAUGGCUGAAGAUUUCAAUAAGAUGACUUAUGUAAAGACUUAUCCAGCACAUCAGAAUCGUAUUUCAGCAGUCAUGUUUUCUCCAGACACUGAAUGGGUUAUAAGCACAGGACAUGACAAAUACCUCAGCUGGAUGUGUACCAGGAGUGGAUGUCUACGGGGAAGACACUGCUUUAGUGCAUGGGCUUCAUGCUUACAAUAUGAUAUAGAAACAAGUCAUGCAUUUGUGGGUGAUUACUCUGGACAGAUCACAUUAUUAAAGCUUGAACAGAAUUCUUGCAGUAUCAUUUCAACAUUAAAAGGACAUGAAGGAAGUAUAGGAGCCCUUUGGUGGGAUCCUAUCCAUCGUCUACUGUUUUCUGGAGCAUCUGACCACAGCAUUAUCAUGUGGGACAUUGGUGGGAUGAAAGGCAGGACUUUACUGCUUCAGGGUCAUCAUGACAAAGUGCAAUCUCUGUGCUACUUGCAGCUAACACGGCAGUUGAUUUCCUGUGCUGCUGAUGGGGGUAUUGUAGUUUGGAACAUGGAUGUCCAGAGAGAAGAGGCUCCACAAUGGCAGGAAAGUGAUUCAUGUCAAAACUGUAAACAGCCAUUCUUCUGGAAUUUCAAACAGAUGUGGGAUACAAGGAGCCUUGGUUUGCGACAGCAUCACUGCAGAAAGUGCGGCAAAGCUAUAUGUGGGAAAUGCAGCACUAAGCGUACUACCUACCCUGUGAUGGGCUUUGAGUUUCAGGUACGAGUCUGCAAUGACUGCUUCGACGCAGUCAAGGAUGAAGAUCGAGCUUCUUUGGCAACAUUUCAUGAAGGCAAACAUAAUAUUGCGCACAUGAAUCUGGAUAACACAAGAGGACUGAUGGUAACCUGUGGAAGUGAUCGCAUUGUGAAGAUCUGGGACAUGUCGCCAGUCGUUGGCUGCAGUCUGGCGACAGGUUUUUCUCCCCGUUGACCUCCAAUCUCCUUUAGCACUGCACCUUUCACCUACACCGCUCAGAACCAGUCCCGCCUACGUGUUACCAUGGAGACAGUGCUAUUAAAGUUGACUGGAAAUUCAGGUGAUAAGCCUCCACUUUGCCCAAAGGACUGAAUAAAUAUUGCCCGAACCUAUAAGCACAGCAAAAACUCUGCAAAAGAUAUUUUAAAAAAACUUUUCUGACUAAAAUUGUAAAAUAGCACCAAUAUUACAUAUACACUAUAUUUGUUCUAUAUUUAUUCUGUGCAUAACCUAACAUGAUUUAAUUAAUGUCUUUAAUGAAGAAAAACUGCAAGAUAAUUUUUAGAUACGAAAUGUGUGAUUUUUCCUGGUCAUAAUGCAAUUUAGACAUCGUAGUUAAAGUGAUUCCUGGUCUGUUUACAGUACGAUGGUUUUCAGUGUUUGCUUUAGUUGUACACUGCAAAUUCCUGUCGUAUGCAAUUUGUGACCAGGCAUGGAUAAACAGAGGGCACUUUUUGGGGAAUGUAAGCUGCAUUUUUAUAAUGACACAGGAAAUAUUUGGGUUUACAAUAAAACUUAUCCCCAUUAAUCAAUCUACUUCUUUUGCCAAUGGUGAUGAAGAAGUGGUGUUUUCCUUUAACAUCUACGUAAGUGAAUACGUUUCCUUUUGCAGUGGGACACAUAAUCCGAUGCAGAAGGAUGAAAGAAUUUUGGGUUUAUCAUCAUAUUCUUUUGAAUAUGCCACAUAGUCAUGUUCUUCAGCAUUAUCAUGAACCUUUUGAGGACUCAUUGCAAUUUUGCAGAAAACAUUUUGAAAUGAAGAAACCUCCACUCUUUGUGGGUAUAUUGAAUUACAAUCUCUGUUUAGCUAUGUUUAGUUCACUCCAGGAUUGCAGGAGCAGUCAGCAUUCAUUUUAUGCAGGUUAUAAUUCCAGUAAAAGCACAGACAUCUCUUACCUCAAAUGAUGCAAUUAGAAUUUUGAUCGUAAUACCUGUGAGUUGCUGCUUCGUGGUUUCCAGUGUUUGUAGUUGUCCUAUUUAAUAUUUCCAGGCUUAGCAGAUUAGGUUCUGCAUUGAACAAUUCACAGAAAUGGAAGAAUGGUCAAAAUACAAGUCCUUGAGAAUAACUGAUGUAUAAUUUUUUUUUAAUGUGUGAAUGAUGGACUGCAAACUUUGCAUUAUGUUGUUACGUGCUUCUAUUAAUCCUUCAAUGAAGAAAUCACUUCUGUCCCAUUUUUGGUCUAUAUUUUUUUAAAGUUAUCAAAUUUGUUUGCCAGAAGAUUUUUCACCAGUUUAAUUUUAAGAAGCAUAAGUUUGAAGAAGGUAUUGAUCAAAGGAUGCUGUUGUCUUGUACUGAAUUCAUAUGCUGGUGGUAGGGGAUAGGAAGAGUGACAUAAAGCAAACCACUUCAAAUAUAUUAAAGUGCACCUAUGAAUCAUCCCAAGUAACUAAAUGACAACGUGGGACUGUUUAAAUUUGCAUAUUUGUCUAAAGUAAGAUUUACUAUUGUCCUUCAAGUGUUUAAUGUUCUCCUCCAUUUUGGAUAGUUAGAAUAUACAAACAGUAAUGUUUUGAUCAAUUGCUUUGACUUUUAUUUUCAAUUGUGCAUCAAUCAAUGAGUUAAGUUUUUAAAUACCCUUUUUUUUAAGUAUUUCCUUUCAAAUGAUGUGUUGGGAGAUGGAAGGAAAAUUGAAAAUACGUUGUUUUGUCAAAUGUUAAAAUGAGAAACAGGUUCAUUUUUCCUCCAAAAGGUUCAUUUUUGUAUUUACCAAACGUGUACUGGUACUUUGGUGUCAAAAAAACACUUUGAAUCCAGAUCAUUUUCCCAUCUCCUUCUCCUCACAACACUCAAAGAUCUACUUUGCAGAAUAACCUAAUACUUGAAAUCUUUCCUCCUGCUGAAGUAUUGCCAUAUACCAUGUUGGAAAUAAGUCUUAUUGUCUGAAGCUUGGAAAAUGUGCAAAGAAUGAGAAAAUAUGAAUGGAACUGCAUUAUUGAAAGCUGUACACAGAUGGCAUCGAUGAACAGACUUUUUAACUGUUGAAAUAACAUAUAUUACAAUUCUGUUUUUAAGCAGUACAUUUGAAUAGUCUCUGUAAAGAUCUCCCUGUAAGUAUUCAUAUAAAUCGUAUAUAAUAGUACCAUGGCUUAAUGGCUUGGUAUUUCACACACAAAUCAUCAAUUCCUUUAUGCUGAUGCUGCUCCAUUUAUAUGCUAUAUAUCAAAAUUGUAAGUAACUAGCUGCUAUAAAAUAAAUUAGCUUCCUAAACAUGAA